GUGAGUCCCCACUGGCUCGCGCAAAGCCAUCUUGGCAUUGUUCUGCCUGCGCCGCCGCCCGCGCCGCCACAGCCCCGCGCCCCGCACGCCCCCGCCAUGUCCGACACGGCCGUGGACACCAGCGCCGAGAUCUGCGCCAAGGAUCUAAAAGAGAAGAAGGAAGUUGUUGAAGAAACAGAAAAUGGCAGAGAUGCGCCAGCCAACGGCAAUGCUAACGAGGAAAAUGGAGAGCAAGAGGCUGAUAACGAAGUAGAUGAAGAGGAAGAGGAAGGUGGUGAGGAAGAAGACGAGGAGGAAGAGGGUGAUGGGGAGGAAGAGGACGGUGAUGAAGACGACGAAGCUGAGGGAGCCACAGGGAAACGGGCAGCUGAGGAUGACGAGGACGACGACGUCGAUCCCAAGAAGCAGAAAACCGAUGAAGACGACUAGGCAGCAAAUUAUAAUUAUUUUUUUUAAAUAAGGAGGAAAAACAAAACCAACAAAAAAGGCCAGCGCGUCCUCUUCACCCCUGGGACCCCCCCCUUCCCUUUCUCCCGUCGCAGCCCUCCCCACACACAGCCCUUCCUCCCCCCUCGCCGUGGUCAUCCUCACCAAGUAGAGUGAACCCCAUCCCGGCCCCCCGGCGCGGCGCUGCCACUCAAUGAGCAUAGAAACGAUUCGCCCGAUCGCGGGGAGAAAAACCCCCCUUCCCACAGACCCCAUUUCCCCCCCCCUCCCCGAGCACCAAAACUUCAAGGCCCUGCUUUCUUUCUUAAAAGUACUUUAAAGGAGAAUUUGUUUGUAUUUUUUAUUUACAUUUUAUAUUUUUGUACAUAUUGUUAGGAGGUCCGCCAUUUUUAAGUGAUCUCGGAUUGACCAAAAGGGGGGCUUUGAAGUGUAUAUCUCUUGUUACCUAUCUCUGACUUUACUUGUGGUGUGACCAGGCCCAAACCAUUAUCUCAAAGGAGAAUAAAAGAAAAAAAAACUUGUAAAAAAAAAAAAAAAGACAAAAAAUGCAAAAAAAAAAAAAAAAAAAAAAAAAAAAAGAAAAAAAAAAAAAGAAAAAAAUUACAAUCUUAUUCUGAGCAUUCCAGUAACUUUUUUUUGUGUAUGUACUUUAGCUGUACCAUAGAUUGUGGUUUGUAUGAGGUGGCAAGGCCAAAGAUAAAAAGGUUUUUCUUUUUUUUUUUUUUUUUUUUUUUUCUGUCCACGAAGUUGCUGUUUAUUUUUAUUUUUUUCUUUUAUUUUGGCCUGUUUGAUGUAUGUGUGAAAUGAUGUUGUCCAACAAUAAACCGGAAUUUUAUUUUGCUGAGUUGUCCUAACACGGCUGCCUCCCAA